GGGGCCGGUAGAGGAUGCAGGCUCUGUCGAAACUCGGGUCCCUGUCGCGGCUGGAGUGGGAUCUGCGUCCAGGGAGUGGGGCGGCGGGGGCCCGGCCUGGGGGUUGGCAGUGGCCCACGGACUGAGCUCCGAGCCGGGCUGGAGGAGGCGCAGUCUUGAGUCUUGUUCUGUCGCUCAGGCCGGAGUUCAGUGGUGCAAUCUCGGUUCACAGCAACCUCUGCCUCCUGGGUUCAAGCAAUUCUCCUCAGCCUUCUGAAUAGCUGGGAUUACAGGGGACUCUGACAUUUGAUGAUGUUGCCUUAUAUUUUUCGGAACAAGAGUGGGAGAUCCUGGAGAAGUGGCAGAAGCAAAUGUAUAAGCAAGAGAUGAAGACCAAUUACGAGACCCUUGAUUCCCUGGGGUAUGCUUUUUCCAAGCCAGAUUUGAUCACAUGGAUGGAAAAAGGGAGAAUGCUAUUAAUCAGCGAUCAAGGACGCUUACAUAAAACAAAAAGGACAGCUGGCCCUCCUACUGAUGAACAGUUGGUCAUGAAGAAUACUGAAAAGUUGCCAUGUUUUGAUGAUCGAGGAACUCUCGGGACAAAAGAAGAGGAUUGCCAUUUAAAUGGUCCCCAAAAACAGGACUUGUGUGCUGCCUUACCCAGGAGGGAGAGAAAGAUUUUAUCAGCUCAAAGAGCCAGCUUCCAGUCUCCAAAUCUCCAAGAAACAGAGAUUGUAAAUAAAAAAGUCAGCAUCACAGCAUCUGAUCCAGAUCAGAAAGAUCCGUGGCAUAAGCCUCGGGAGACCCCAAGCCACUUAGAAAUUCCCACUGGGCCAAGAUGCUAUUCCUGCUAUGUCUGUAGGAAAGUCUUCCAGGUAAAGAGGGACUUGCUAAAGCACAAACGGAGCCACUCCAAGAACCAACCCUACAGAUAUCCAAAGCACAAAAGCACGCCCAGAGGGAAGACUGAACUCAGGCGGCCGCAGAGGCUCCUGUGUCCGAAGAAGCGGUUCCAAUGCAGCGAGUGUGAGAAGAGCUACUUCCUGAAGGGCAGCCUCGUGACUCACCAGGUUGUCCACACCGGCCAGCGGCCCUACCCGUGCUCCGAGUGCGACAAGACCUUCCGGUACAGGGCCAACCUGAAGAAGCACCUUUGCCUGCACCGCGGGGAACGGCCGUUCGGCUGCGGGGAGUGCGGCCGGGCCUUCGUGCAGCAGUGCGAACUCACGGAGCACCUGCGGCUGCACAGCGGCGAGAAGCCCUUCCAGUGCCCGCAGUGUGACCGGCGCUUCCGCCUGAAGAGGGGCAUGAAGGUACAUCUGUCCCAGCACAGUGGGAAGAAGCCCUUCCACUGUCCCGAGUGUGGCCGGAGCUUCUCCCGGAAAGCGGCCCUGAAGACCCACCAGAGGACGCACAGCGAGGAGAAGCCGUUUUCUUGUGAUCAGUGUGGCAGGAAAUUCAUCUACAAGAUUAAGCUCGACGAGCACAUACGAGUUCACACAGGAGAGAAGCCGUUUUCGUGUCCCGAGUGUAACAAAAGUUUCCGCCUCAAGAGAAGCCUGAAGGCCCACGGGCUGCAGCACAGCGGGAAGAGGCCGUUCCAGUGCCCGGAGUGCAGCCGGGGCUUCUUCUGGAGGAACGCCAUGCGCGCCCACCAGCGCCUGCACAGCGAGCAGAAGCCCUUCCCCUGCGCAGAGUGCGGCAAGCGCUUCACGCGGCCCUCCAAGCUCGCCUGCCAUGCCAGAGUCCACGACAGGCAGAAGGAGUUUCCCUGUGGCGAGUGCAAAAAGACCUUUUCUCAGCAGUCGCGGCUCACGCAGCACCUGAAGGUCCACACCACGGAGAAGCAGUUUUCCUGUGCUGAGUGCGGCCGCGGUUUCCGCCGGCGCUCGCAUCUCAGGGAGCACACGAGGCUUCACAGUGGCGAGGAGCCCUUUCAGUGUCCCGAGUGUGACAAGAGCUUCUCCUGGAAGGCCUCCAUGAAGUUCCAUCAGCGGAUGCACAGGGACGAGAAGCCCUUCGUGUGUGGUGAGUGUGGCAAGACCUACACGCAUCAGUCUCAGCUCACUGAGCACCUGAGGCUGCACAGCGGAGAGAAGCCCUUCCAGUGUCCUGAAUGCCAGAAGACUUUCCGCCUCAAGGGAAACCUGAAAAGCCACCUGCUGCAGCACAGUGGCCAAAAGCCGUUCUCUUGUGUGAUGUGCGGCAAAAGUUUCACUCAGCAGUACCGGCUCACAGAGCACACUCGAGUCCACAGCGGGGAGAAGCCCUUCCAGUGUCCGGAGUGUGACAAGAGCUACUGCGUCAGGGGAAGCUUGAAGGUCCACUUGUACACGCACAGUGGAGAGAGGCCCUUCCAGUGCCCUGAGUGUGGCAAGGGCUUCCUUCAGAAGAGAAGCCUGAAGGCCCAUCUGUGCCUUCACAGUGGGGAGAGGCCUUUUUCUUGUGAUGAGUGUGGAAGGAGCUUCACGUAUGUGGGGGCCCUCAAGACCCACAUGGCAGUGCAUGCCAAGAAGUCCUCCAGCCUCUAGGUCAGGCCAUGCGGCAGUCCUGCAAUCACGGCUUUCGGUGCUGCCAGCAGCCCUGUUGGCCUUGAGUGGAGGCAGGUGAAAGGAUUCGUAGGGUAAGAUUGGGCACAGUGACUCCCGCCUGUAAUCCCAGCACUUUGGGAGGCACAGGCGGGAGAAUCACUUGAGCCCAGGAGUUUGAGAUCAGCCUGGGCAAUGUUGGGAGACUCCAUCUCUACAAAAAAUAUAAAAGUCAGCCAGGCGUAAUGGUGCAUACUUCUGGUCCCAGCUACUUUAGGAGGUUGAGGUAGGAGGAUCGCUUGAGCCCAGGAGGCAGAGACUGCAGUGAGCCAUCCUCACAACACUGCACUCCAGCCUGGGUGACAGAGCAAGAUUCUGUCUCAAAAAAAAAAAUAAUAAUAAAAUAAAAUAAAUCACAGAAUACUGGCUGCAGACAUACUGGACAGAUGUGUUGUCUGCAGAACCCGAUGGCUCCUUGACAAAAGUUCCAAAUAAUCCAGGCAAAGACAGUCAAAGAGACAUCACCCUUCAAUAAUCCUCAUAGGAAAAACCUCCCAGUUGUGGAGGACACAUUUUCUACUGAUCUGCUGGUCCAACAGAUCUCUUCGGUGUCAUCCAAGAACGUAGUAAUAAUCCCUUCAUUAAAUUCAGAAACUACAGCCUGAGUGAAGAAGUGUUACAGGCAGGAGCAUUCCUUCAUACUCCUCAGUCAGCUUUUCCAUCCAGGCUACUUUACUGAAAUUUGCAUUAAAGCCUUCAGUUUUUUCUCAUAGUGGAUUUUAAUUUUCUCUCAGGUGGUGAGAGAGCAUCUGUUUCUUGAAAUUUUCCAUAUUGCUAAAAAUAAAUGUCUUCCACAA